CGCAACAUACAUCAGAUUUGAAGAUACUGAUAAAGGAUUAUAUUUCAUGUGUUUAUAAUAUAACUAAAAAGGAUUAAAGAAAUCUGGAUGAUAUAUAUGUUCAUGAGUAACAAUAUCAGCUAAAUAGAAGAUGAGAGUCUGUGUGAAUCGUUUCUUUUUUAGUGUUUUUGUGUUAUGUUUCCUGCCGUAUUUUGUCAGAGGAUUACAUAGACACCACAAAUGCUUGCCUGUCAACGCGUAUCUGUUCUUGGAUAGAAUCGUAGGUGAUGAUGUUCGUGUGCAAAAACAUAAUAUUUAUAAGAUCAUGGACAAUACUCAUGAUGGUAGUAACAUUCAAGUAGACACGUUAAACCAUACGUCAAUAAUAACUAUAACAGAAGGUGUCAAAAACAAAGAAAACAUGUUAAAAUGGCCCAAAAUCAUCAACGAUUUUCAUAAAGGAACGACGGGUGUUAUUUCAGCAACGAGUUUGAUAGAUUCUAUAUCAGUCUAUCAAACUGGAAACACAAACGUAGCAACAGAGUUGUUUCUUGUGGUAAAUGAUGAAACAAAAGUGGACGAUGAAGAAAAACUAAUUAAAGCACUAAAGACAAUGAAAACGUUUAUUGUGUAUUGUGGAAGGAAACGUACACCUAAUUUUUGGUACUGUCUUGCAACAGAUGAAAACCACUUCAUAAACCUCAAAGAUGAAGUUGAUGCUGACAUAGAGUCGUUUCUUCGCUUAUCAUGUGAAGACUCAAACCUGCAGUGCAACAACAACAUGUACUGGACCGGACAUGAGUGUAAAAAAUGUACACACAUUUGCUCUAGGCAACCGUCUGAAGAUCCGCCAUUCUGCCGGCAAUCUUGUUCGUAUUUUCGCGAAAGAAAGGACGAAAUCAAGUGCAACGGAAGUUCAGUGAUGACGUCUUACAAUAAUUUUCGUGAAACAAAGGACGAAAGCAAGGAUAACGGAAGUUCAAGGAUGAUUUCCUACAGUAUAAAGGUCUAUUUGCCAUUGUGGUUGGUAGUUUGGUUAUAUUAAAGUAUGUGACACAGAAGUGUCCAUUUUUUCGAGCGAAGUAUU